AUGAAGUUCUUUGCUCUGUUUGUGUUCAUACUAAUCGCGUUAGUUGUUGUCGUUAAGGCGGAUCCUGAAUCCCCUUCAUUUCUCAAAUGUCUCGAUGAAACAAGUGAUACAGAACUUUGUCUUAAUUUCAAAGAUCAAUUCCCUGAAGAUGCCCCUGCAGUUCCUGUCGAUGAUUUACUUUCGAAGCUAGUUUUAGAUAAAUAACUUUCGCUUUCGCUAAGUAAUUUCCACAAACCCGAAACCGAGCUGAAUAACUUAUUGUGCGGAUGGUGGAGAACAGCUCUGUUGCUUUAGAAG